UCUCCACCGAAUUCUUUUCCUCCAAUGUCAUCCUGUUUUCUGAGUUCGCUGACGACAAAAUUUACCUUUUAGAUUAACUUAAUCGUUUGGUUGAAUCAAAAAUAAAAUAGUAUCAUCGAUGCAGCACACAUAACACCCAGAUAUAAUGGUAACCAACGGCCAUUACCAAACCAGAUUUAACAACAAAAUCAAAAGCUAACCACAGCAGAAAUACCAGUACCCGUUCCCAGACCCGACUGAAAACACGAAUAUUAAUCCGAAAAAAGGAACCGUUUUCACGUUGCAAAACCACUAAACCCGCUCAAGAAUAUAACAUUCAAAAUGCCCAUUGGAAGUAUUAUCAAGAAGGCAUCUAGCUAUAUACUAGGUGACGAAAGGUUGGACAAAAAAAUCGAUAUCUCUUACGAAGACAACGAAAUACUCUUCUGCAAGAAUAACGUUUGCAUUCAUCCACCGACCAUAGCGCGGGAUGAGUCCGAUAUAUUGCACAACCCGGGAUACUUGACGUGCACCACAAAGACCUUUGUGGAUCAGUAUAAUAGUGCGAAGAGGCCAACUCUGCUCCUCACCUGGAUACCCAACUCUUCGCUAUGUAAAUACACAAACCUGAGCACCGAGGACUGCAGGGGUCAGUGCAAUUCGCGAACCAAGUCGUCGCCGGAAUCCCGAAACGGAUAUUGUAACGUGACCAUACCUCAGACGAUCCAGGAGCGAGACAUCCGAGAGGAAGAUGAUAACGCGGCGGAGAUGCAGGAGCUGAAGAAUGAGCUGCAGCCCUUGCUCGGAGGUCAGGCCGCAUCCAUAGACGACUUGACGGCGCUGCUGAAGAAUAACCCCAUCACAUCGGUGAACAUAACGAUUUCGAAUCCUCAGAUCGAAAACAGUAAUAUAUCGCAGUCGUUCAACUGCAUAACCAUCCGGACGACAGAGGCAAAUGGCUGCGGCGAUUGUGCCAGUGGAACGAAUCCAAAUGGCGUUGGGGAGGGACCGGCAUCCGAGAAUCCCAAGUGGACCACACCGGAGCUGUUGGCCUUUCAGCAUAACUUGGAGUUUCCGGACAGCGGCAACUCCACACCGGCUGAUCGCCAGAGAUCCGCUCUUAAGUGCCGCCACUUUUCCGUGGACCUGAGCCAGAUGCGUUCGCUGCGUCUCUUCUUCAACGACGACAACUGCACAUCCGGUCAGCUGGUGAUUGCCUCUCGGGAAUCCCAGUACAAAAUACUCCAUUUCCACUACGGCGGCUUGGAUCACUUGGCGCAGGUUCUGCAUCAGUGGCACUGCUUUCUGCACAACAUCACAUCGGAAACGGGCCAGGACAAGUUCGAUUUGCCGUACAGGCAUUUCAUGGUCUGUCGGCCGGAGGUUAAGAAAUCGGAGAUGCACCCGGAUGAGGGCGAUGUCAAGAAGAUAACCACCAACUUCUUUUAUGGGACACUUUUGAACGAGAAGGGACAGAUAGAGGACGAUCUACUGCUUCGAAAGUGUGUAUUCUUCGGCGGUCUCGAGAAGAGCUUGCGGAAGACGGUGUGGCCUUUCCUCUUGAAAUGUUAUUCAUUCUCCUCAACCUUCGAGGAUCGAGCUGUAUUGAUGGACAUUAAGCGGCAGGAGUACGAGGAGAUUACGCGAAAGCGUCUGUACUCCAUGUCCCCAGAACUGCAGAUUCAUUUUUGGAAGACGGUGCAGUGUGUGGUUGAGAAGGAUGUGGUGCGCACAGAUCGCACGAAUCCAUUUUUCUGCGGCGACGAUAACCCCAACACGGAGGUCAUGAAAAAUAUUCUGCUUAACUUUGCUGUCUACAAUACUGGGAUGUCCUAUUCUCAGGGAAUGAGUGAUCUCUUAGCCCCAGUGUUAAGCGAGGUGCAGAACGAAUCGGAGACCUUUUGGUGCUUCGUGGGACUGAUGCAGCGAGCGUUCUUUGUGUGCACUCCUACCGACAGGGAUGUGGACCACAACCUAAGUUAUUUGCGCGAGCUGAUCAGGGUGAUGCUACCGCGCUUCUACGAACAUCUGGGACAGCACAACGACUCCAUGGAGCUGCUUUUCUGCCAUCGAUGGCUCCUGCUCUGCUUCAAGCGCGAGUUCACCGAAGCCGUCGUCAUUCGGAUGUGGGAGGCGUGCUGGUCAAACUACCUGACCGACUACUUCCACCUGUUCCUCUGCCUGGCGAUCAUUGCCGUCUACGCCGAUGAUGUGAUAGCCCAGAAUUUGCGGCCGGACGAGAUGCUGCUGCACUUUAGCUCACUGGCCAUGUACAUGGAUGGGCAGCUGAUCCUGCGCAAGGCGCGCGGUCUGCUCCACCAAUACCGACAGUUGCCAAAGAUACCGUGCACUUUGAGUGGCCUGUGCAAGCGGUGCGGCCCCGGAAUGUGGGACUCCGAGCAUCGGCCGGCGUUGGAGUGUGUGGGCCAUAGCGAUGACGAGAAGUGCUCGCUGUCUAUUGACUAGUUAUCUACAUAAAUCUACACUGUUUAAACUCAGCAAUAACUAUUGUUGUUGGCGACUGAUAAU